GCCAUGAUGAAUUUAAAGGGGCAGUACCGGCAAGGGCGGCAGCCAGACCGACAGACUGCGGCCCAGGCAAGGUCCCCCUGGCCAGGAUGUCAGGCCUGGUGCUGGGGCAACGGGAUGAGCCUGCAGGGCACCGGCUCAGCCAGGAGGAGAUCCUGGGAAGUACCCGGCUGGUGAGCCAAGGGCUGGAGGCCCUACACAGUGAACAUCAGGCUGUCCUGCAAAGUCUGUCCCAUACCAUUGAGUGUCUGCAGCAAGGAGGCCAUGAAGAAGGGCUGGUGCAUGAGAAGGCCCGGCAGCUGCGACGUUCCAUGGAGAACAUCGAGCUGGGGCUGAGUGAGGCCCAGGUGAUGCUGGCCUUGGCCAGCCACCUGAGCACAGUGGAGUCAGAGAAACAGAAGCUGCGGGCUCAGGUACGGCGGCUGUGUCAGGAGAACCAGUGGCUCCGGGACGAGCUGGCGGGCACCCAGCAGCGGCUGCAGCGCAGCGAGCAGGCGGUAGCCCAGCUGGAGGAGGAAAAGAAGCACCUGGAGUUCCUGGGGCAGUUGCGACAGUACGACGAGGAUGGGCACACUGCGGAGGAGAAGGAGGGUGAUGCCACCAAGGAUUCCCUGGAUGAUCUCUUCCCCAAUGAGGAGGAGGAAGACCCCAGCAAUGGCUUGUCCCGUGGCCAGGGCGCCCAGCACAGCGGAUAUGAGAUCCCAGCGAGGCUGCGGACACUGCACAACUUGGUGAUCCAGUAUGCCGCCCAGGGUCGCUAUGAGGUGGCCGUGCCGCUCUGCAAGCAGGCACUGGAGGACUUGGAGCGCACAUCUGGCCGCGGCCACCCCGAUGUCGCGACCAUGCUCAACAUCCUUGCUUUGGUGUAUCGGGACCAGAAUAAGUAUAAGGAAGCUGCCCACCUGCUGAAUGAUGCCCUCAGCAUCCGGGAGAGCACCCUGGGCCGGGACCACCCUGCUGUGGCUGCCACACUCAACAAUCUGGCUGUGCUCUAUGGCAAGAGGGGCAAAUACAAGGAGGCAGAGCCACUGUGCCAGCGCGCACUGGAGAUCCGCGAAAAGGUCCUCGGCACUGACCACCCAGAUGUGGCAAAGCAGCUGAACAACCUGGCCCUGUUGUGCCAAAACCAGGGCAAGUACGAGGCCGUGGAGCGCUAUUACCGGCGGGCACUGGCCAUCUAUGAGGGGCAGCUGGGGCCGGACAACCCUAACGUAGCCCGGACCAAGAACAACCUGGCUUCCUGUUACCUGAAACAGGGCAAAUAUGCCGAGGCUGAGACGCUCUACAAAGAGAUCCUGACCCGGGCCCAUCUGCAGGAGUUUGGGUCUGUGGAUGAUGACCACAAGCCCAUCUGGAUGCAUGCAGAGGAGCGGGAGGAAAUGAGCAAAAGCCGGCACCGAGAGGGUGGCACACCCUAUACUGAGUACGGAGGCUGGUACAAGGCCUGCAAAGUGAGCAGCCCGACAGUAAACACCACUCUGCGAAACCUGGGAGCUCUGUACAGGCGCCAGGGAAAGCUGGAGGCUGCUGAGACCCUAGAAGAAUGUGCCCUGCGCUCUCAGAAACAGGGCACUGACCCUAUCAGUCAGACCAAGGUGGCCGAGCUACUUGGGGAAGGUGACAGCGGAAGGACCUCUCAGGAGGGCUCUGGGGGCAGCGUGAAAUUCGAGGGAGGUGAAGAUGCUUCUGUGGCCGUGGAAUGGUCAGGGGAUGGCAGUGGGACCCUACAGAGAAGUGGUUCUCUGGGCAAGAUCCGGGAUGUGCUUCGUAGAAGCAGUGAACUCCUGGUGAGGAAGCUCCAGGGGACUGAGCCUCGGCCCUCCAGCAGCAACAUGAAGCGGGCAGCCUCCUUAAACUAUCUGAAUCAACCCAGUGCAGCACCCCUCCAGGUCUCCCGGGGCCUCAGUGCCAGCACCACGGACCUCUCUUCAAGCAGCUGACAUUCAACUGAGCCCCCAGGUCUGCUGGGUCUCCCCCCAGACAGCCCUCUCAGCAUUCCCUAUUGCUCCUGGCUCUUCCCGCCCCAAGGUGGGACAGUGAAGGGAGAGCAGUUAACCAGAAGAUUGCUGCUGCCCUAGGGUCUUGGCUCCCUCCUCAGGAAUCCGCCUCAGGAAGGACCCUCAGGACAUCCUCUCCCCCGUAGUCCUCUAGAGAAGCUAGCUCUGAGGCCCCCAAGAUGCAUAAAGAGCAGGUAUGCAUCUCAGAGAUGGAGUCUGCUGCUGGCUCUUCUGCCAGAGGGUUUGGGGCAGGCCAGCCAAGCUGCCCUUGCUCUGGCCUCUCUUGUUCCCUCUGCUGCCUCACUUCAGGUCCGUGUAUUUCACUUUUCUUAAAUAAAAGAAUCAGGUAACCA